UGUGUAUCAUUGCUUCACAGAGGAAGAUGCAAAACCAUGCAUGCAUGACCAGCCCUCAGUGGGCUGGCCCUGUCACUAACUUAAUAUAACUUGAGUUGUCCUAAAACUGAGGCCUCUGUUGGCGUCUUCAUGCCUCAGAGUCUCAUUUCUCUCUCGCAGCUUGACAUCUGCAGGAAUGAGAUAAGAGCAUUAUUUAAAAAGCAAGAAACGGCAUCUGCAAGUACGAAGAGCUGCUCACUAUGGAGCCAAGGACAUCCGUGACAUCCUUCCGGAACAUCCCAAUCCCAAGAUGCAGCCUAGGCUCUGCCUCUGGUCUACCUUAUGGCUCUUUUGCAAACAGCCUCGCAUCACUCACACCCAACGAUGAGGAGAAACCUGCCAUAUCGCCUAAACGCGCCUAUGUAACUAUGGUUGUGCUUUGCUACAUCAACUUGCUCAACUACAUGGAACGGUACACAAUAGCAGGUGUCCUUACAGACAUUAAAAAGUUCUUUGAUAUAAAGGACAGCACGGCUGGACUUCUGCAGACAGUUUUCAUCUGCAGUUUUCUACUUUUGGCCCCUCUCUUUGGUUACCUCGGAGACCGCUACAAUCGGAAAUACAUCAUGAUUGGUGGGUUGAGUGUCUGGCUUUUGACUGCAACCGGCAGCUCUUUUGUCACCAAGUCGCAAUUCUGGCUCCUUGCCCUGUUGCGAGGCCUGGUCGGCAUCGGGGAAGCCAGCUAUUCCACUGUUGCUCCCACCAUCAUAGGGGACCUCUUUACUGGGUCUAAAAGGAGCAUCAUGAUCUGUAUCUUCUACAUCUUUAUCCCCGUUGGAAGUGGUCUUGGAUACAUAACCGGAGCAGGGUUUGCUGCUCUCACAGGGGACUGGCACUGGGCGUUGAGGAUCACACCCAUCAUGGGCGUGGUGGGACUCAUUUUGAUGAUCUUUUUAUGCCCCAACCCAACCAGAGGUGCUGCAGAAACCCACGGAGAGGGAGUUACGGUGCAGAGCUCUUACUUGGAGGAUGUCAAGUAUCUUCUCAAAAAUAAAAGUUAUGUAUGGUCAUCGCUGGGAGUGACCGCCCUGGCCUUCCUCACCGGAGCGGUGGCUUUCUGGAUGCCUAAUUUCUUGUCCAGAGCUCAUAUCUACCAGAAACUCAGAGAUCCAUGCAGCGAUGACCCAUGUGACUCCUCAGACAGUUAUAUCUUUGGUGCUGUAACGGUGGCCACAGGCAUUCUGGGAGGGGCUCUUGGCACUGGUUUAUCCAGACGGUUUAGGGACAAGGUGCCAAACGCUGAUCCACUCAUCUGCGCUGUGGGCAUGCUUGGAUCGGUCCCGUGCCUUUUUAUCAUCAUCUUUGUGGCAUCAACAAGCAUUCCAGCCACUUAUGUGUUCAUUUUCUUGGGCGAACUGUUGCUCUCGUUAAACUGGGCUGUCCUGGCUGACAUACUGCUGUAUGUUGUUAUGCCGACGAGAAGGGCCACAGCCGAGGCUCUGCAGAUCACAGUUGGACAUCUCCUGGGUGAUGCUGGGAGCCCUUACCUAAUAGGAGUGAUCUCUGAUGCUAUACAGGAAGACAAGACUAACUGGAACUUCCACAGUCUGAAGUACAGCCUGCUGCUCUGCCCAUUUAUUGGGGUUGUAGGGGGAGUGUUUUUCCUCAUCACUGCCUCCUACAUUAAUGAAGACAGGAAAGCAGUUCAGCAACUAGUCGGAGAAGAAACUCAACCACAGCAGCAUCCUGCACCUGAGCCCUCGCUGGAAAUGAACAACACGGGAAAUGUGUAAUGUCUUGCAAAAUCACUCAUGCAGUGAAUGUAAAGUUAGGUUAUAAACCGCUGGUGUGAAAUUUGUCUAAAAUCGCUUUACGGUCUGUAUAGUAUUUAAUACCCACACUUAGGAUAGGAAAAAUUCACCCUUAUCCAUUUAAAAAAAAUGUAAAAAAAAAAAAAAAAAGAAAUCAUUUCAGUUUUUCUUCAUUGCAACACCUCACUGUAAUUUCACAUUUCACAAGUGCCCUUUUAACAUUAUCCCAGCAUUACCUCACAGGUCAGUGGCACUAUGCAGUAUACUUGAAAAGUCAAUGCAGUUGUAUUUUCUGACUGUAAAUGUUGGUAUUUUAUUAAAU